GACGCCGCCAUUUCAAAGCUGAAGGGGCGACACCAGCUGUUGGCAUUUUUCAACAUCUGUUAUUUUUCAUUUUUUUUUCUUAUUUAUUUUUAUUUUUAUUAGCAAGUAGGACAAUUACAUUUGCGUAAAAAUCCAAUCUACCUCGCGUGCAACACCAAUUGAAAUGGAUGCAGGCACAGAAGAGAAGAUGACAGAAACUUCAAAGAUUUCCAAGGAUGAAUCUGAGAAACCUGUAACCGAAAAAUCCAGGGGUCGUGGGUUCAGAGGCCGCGGUCGAGGGGGUCGGAUGAGUCGUGGUGUCAUGCGGGGUGGGCGAGGAAUCGUGAAGGGGUUCGGUCCAUCUGGACAUGGAAUAGGUCGAAUGAAGGAUGGAGCCAUGAAUGGAUUCGCACCUAUGAGGGGAAUGGGACAUAUGCGUCCUUACCCAGACCUUAGAGGUCAUCGUGGUAGGGGGGGACCAAUGGGUAUGGGUCCUCCUCCUCCACCUCCGCCAUUGCCUCCCAUGCACCUCAGAGGCCUCUUCCCACCCAUGCCCAGGCACGGACCCCCUCCACCACCUCCUCCAGGUCAUCCUGGUUUCAGGGGACGACCACCUCACCCACGAGGGCGUGGCAUGCCACCUCACGGACCUCCACGCCACUUCCACCCCCGUGGCGCGAGAGGCUAUCACAAUGGACCUGUCUCUCCUCCGCCUCACCCCCCACCUGGCAGAGGCCAGAGGUGGCCAGGGCCCCCUGGUGGCCGACGCUUUUAACACAGCCUGCCCUAAAAACAAAAAAGAAGCACUUGUUAAAGGGGCCCAAAGUGGUACAGUGAUGAAACGCCACUGAACUAUGUGUUACACAAAGUAUCUAAGUAUUUUUACUCUGUGGCCAAAUGUUUGAUUGAUAUUGUCUACUGGCAAAUAAAUAAUGUGAAAUGGCUAACGACAAACCCAGGACUCAUAAAAUGCCUCAAAACUUAAUGUAAAGGCAUUCUUACCUUCUGUUACCUGUAAAACUUGUUGAUACUAUAGGAAUUAUUUGAGAUUGUUGAGAAAGAGCUAUUAAAAACAAGGUUGAAGCUGAUGUUCUCAAAGGGAGGGAAAUGACCGUGGAAUAGAAUUAAAUGUUCUGUAGUUCUUGUAACAGUCACCCUGUGAGCCUUAAGACAACUUCCUGAAUCUUAAUAAAGAAAAAAAUAUGGGUGACAAUGUUAAUUUGAAGGUGGGGGGAAAAAUAAUCAAAGAAUGCACAGCAGCCCUCAGGCACCUCUGUUAACUAGUUUCGUACACCUUGGACCUCCCUAACCUUUCCUUUUGUUACUAUACUUAUGUAUUAUAACCUCACCAUACAGUACUGCACAUAUUGUUCAACACUCACACACUUUCAAGUGAUCAGACAAUAUUCCACUUGUCAAGUAUUCCAUUUAAUUUUAUAUUUAACAUCAUUAAUGUGCAGCUAUUUUAAGUUAUGAGUAUUGCUGUUUGGAACAUUCAUGUUUGUCUCCAGCAGUCUAUUGUGUAAUGACAAAAAAGCAGAAGGCAUUAUAAAUGAAUAGUAUACUGAAAUAUAUACAUAUAUAUAUAUCUAGUGGCUUUUAUAAAUGAAAGCAAAUUCUAUAGGUAUUUGCUUCAGUUAAGGAAAAUAAAUAACUCUUUACUGUGAUGAGUUUUUUUGAAGUGUCACAACUACUUUAUUCACUGUAAUUAACAUAACUUUUGUGAACCUGUGAAUGUGUUUUAUGAGAACCAUCAAGACAUAUGACGUAGUCGUGAAAAAGAAAAACAAUAAAAAUAAA